AUGUUUUCAAAUUUUUGGGCAGAGUUAUCUAAUGAUUAUGAAAAACUUCUUGAAACUGAAAUAGGAUAUGAUGUUAUUAUUUAUGCUGGAGAAGAGCUAAAUGUUAAAGAAAUCCAUGCUCAUUCAAAUAUUUUAUGCAUUAGGUCUAAAUAUUUUAGUGCGGCAUUUUCUACUGAAUGGGCAGAAAAAAAGGAUGGAAAAUUUAUUUUAAAGAAACCAAAUAUUUCGCCUUACAUAUUUAAUAUUAUUCUCAGGUUUAUUUAUUGUGGAAACAUUGAAUUAAAAAGUUUGCAAGGACCAGAUGUAUUGAAAUUAUUGAUAGCUGUAGAUGAACUUGGUGUUCAACAAUUAAUUUCUCAUAUUCAAGAAUAUUAUUUAAUUGAACAUCAAACUGAAUUUUUAUAUCAAAAUCCAACUGGUAUUCUUGAAAUUGUUUAUCAGCAUGAAACAUUUACAGAUUUAUGGAAUUUUUGUCUUAAUACAAUUUGUGAAGAACCUAAAAUUUUAUUUGAUUCUGAUAAAUUUAUUAAUUUAAAAGCACCUUUAUUAGAAUUAUUAUUAAAGAGAGAUGAUUUAAAUAUGAAUGAAAUUGAAGUUUGGGAAGGUUUAUUGAAAUGGUGUUUUGCUCAACAACAUGUGGAGAAUAAUCCAACUAAAUGGAAUAAAGAUGAUAUUACAAAAAUUAAGGGGUUAUUAAGUAGAUUUAUUCCAUUAAUUGGAUUCUAUAAUAUUGAGCCAACAGAUUUCUUUUACAAAAUUUAUAUUUACAAAGACAUCUUACCACAGGAAUUAAUUUAUGAUCUUUUAGAAUUUCAUAUAGUUCCUAAUAUUGAACCUAAAUCUAGAGCUACUAUUUGGGUAGCAAGAAUUCAAGGUUCAAAGCAAUUAAUUGGGGGAUAUAGUCCACUUGAUUGGGAAGAGGAUGAGGAAGGUGGAUGGAAAACUACUACAGAUAGUUUUAUUUAUAGUUUUGCAGAUGGAAAAAUUAUUUCUACUGCAAAAUUUGGUUAUGUUAAAAAUCCAAAAAGUGCUAUUUAUUGUUUUUAUGAUCAAGGCCCACAUAUGGGUUUUCUUUACUGUAAAAGCAAUAAUGACUGGAGAAAUUAUGAUUCUAAAGCUAACUGUUAUCCUAAUGUAGGUAUUCCAAUUUCUGAUUUUACGGUAGAUCAUUAUGAAGUAUUUCAAGUAAUUAAAAAUUAG